AUGGAGGAACAAGUUCUUCAAUUGCUUCAAGCCACCACCCGACCAGACACUGUCGUCAUUAGGAAUGCCGAGCAAGGUCUUCUCCGCCUUUACUCUCAGCCCGAGUUCCCGUUCGCCCUCUUGACCAUCGCCACUCACAAUGACAUUGAAUCAAGUUCUCGCAAGGCCGCGUUGACCGCGCUGAAAAACUACGUUCUCACGACUUGGUCACCGCAGUUUGACGAUACCUUUACCGGCAGUGUUUACUUGAACGAUGAAGCUAAAGCGAGGGUGCGCGAUCAAGUGUUUGGAAUUUGCACAGCCGAGGGCGACCAAGCUCCCAGGGACGCCACGAUCCAAGCGCUGGCUGCCGGCGUUGCGAGUAAGAUCGCCACCGUCGACUUUCCGGACGCAUGGCCGUCGCUAUUCCCGUCGCUUCUGACCAUCUUGACCACAUCCACCAACGAUGCACCCAUCCAUGGCGCUCUUCGGGUCCUCGCAGAAUUGAUCGACUCAGGCCUGACAGAAGACCAAUUCUUCGUGGUCGCCCCCGACUUGGUGAGGGCAUUGCAACAUGUCGUAGUGGACAACCACCGCAGUUUGAUCGUCCGGGCGAUGACCUUGAGCGUCUUUCGCGAUUGUUUUGCGAUGCUGGACAUGGUGAUCGGCGAACAUGAAGCUGCAGUUAAGGCGUUUUUGGACGAGUCCACAAAGACCUGGAUGCCCUUAUUCAUGGAGACGCUCAAACAACCAUUGCCACAGCCUGCGGAACCCCACGUAGACCAGAAUGAUGUCCAAUUUCGAGGUCUGGUGGCAUUGAAGGUCCAGGUCGUCAAGAUUCUUGACAAGCUCAGACAGGUCUAUGUUCACGCCAUCUCCCCCCAUGCUGUCGUAUUGUUCCAGAUUGUGUGGGAAGAGCUCUCGAGGAUUGCCGACCUAUAUGCGGAACUCUUCAUCGACGGCAGUGCAGAGGGCAAGUUGGUCGACAGCGACAAUCUCGCCUGUAGCUUGGACGCCUUGGUUCUCGAAGAGAUCGACUUUCUUCAGGUCACGAUCAGGGCCCCACCGGUGCGUGCGGAGCUUUCCAGCCAGAUGAAACAACUAGGCGAUGCCCAGCACACCGUCCCCUGGCUCCAAGAGUUGAUCCGGGUCCUAGUCUUGUACUCCCGAAUCCCGCAGGAGGAAGAAGCGCUCUGGGAAUACGACGCGAAUCUCUAUCUUUGUGAAACGAAUUCUCUGACGGCAAACUACACCCCCAGGGCUGCCUGUGCCGAACUGGCGGUGCGGAGCCUAGGAGAGUGGCUGAAGCAGUUGCCCGUCUUGGCCAUGCUUCAUUUCAACCAACAGACACUCCACACCCAGGCAACCGGAUGGAAGGAACGGGAGGCGUUCCUCUAUCUCCUCAACCAGUGCCUGAGAGACGUGGGUGAUAUUUCUGGCGAGUUGGAUUCAUCUGCGGCCUCGGCCGUCCUUGAACAAGUGGCGGGCAUUCUCCAGGAUUCGCAAUGUUUCUUGCGAGCUGCCGCGCAACUGGUCUUGGGCAGCGUCUUCAGGGUCGCGGCCAGCGACUUCGCCUCGGCUGGAGCGGCAUCCUUCUCAAAUGCCAUCAAUGCCUCCAUCACGGACUCGGCGGACGUGGUCAAAAUCGCCUGUAUCAGUAUCAUCCCUGACUACAUUCAGGCCUUGCCCAAGAACUUGACACAUCCCAUGCAAGGAGCCAUCUUUGACGCCAUUAGCGACUUCAUGUCUUCGCACGAUCUUCGGGAUGGGUUGGAGGACGCCGACGACGUCAAAGCCGCCUUGAUUGAAGCCCUGCGCGAUACGAUCAUGCUCGACACGAGCAGUAUCACGGAAGGGAACGCGAUUGACUUGUUCUUCACCCUAGCCUCCAACGGCGCAGGUAACUUCCAACUGUUCACCUUACUGACAGAAGCAUUCGAAGGCAUCGUGUCGUCGAUUGUCUCCCACGGGCCGGACCACUAUAUCCGCCUCUGCACCAAGACGAUCCCGUCGCUCACCGGGGCAUUCGACGUUGCCAACAUGACCCAAGAAUCCGGCUUGACCAAUCUCGCCGCCGAGCUCGUCAACGCACUGGCUGAAUUCGGUACCGAGCCCUUGCCUGAAGGAUUCGUCUCUGCGGUCAUGCCCAAACUGCAGCGCGUACUCAUGGAGGCGACUGACGCCGAGCUUGUCCGUCCCGCCACGCUUGCCGUCGAACAUAUUUUGAGCAAAGGAUCGUCGCAGUUCUUGGCGUGGAGGGACUCUCAGGGGAAGUCAUCCAUCGAAGUGACGCUGACCAUCGUCAAUCGACUUCUCAACUCGCCCGAUGUGGACGAGAAUGCCGGCCAAGAAGUGGGCGGACUGGCGUCGACGCUCGUGACCAAGUUUGGGGCGGACAAACUGGGCCCUUAUCUCAUGGAUCUGUUGCGGGCUGUGGCGGUCCGGCUCGCCACCGCCGACCGAAUCCAAUUCAUCCAGAGCUUGUGCAUGGUGUUUGUGGGACUCUCACUCGCCGCGCCGAAAGAGGUGGUGGACUUUUUAUCGGAGGUCAACAUCAACGGCACGAACGGGCUGGCGGUCGUGUUGACGAAAUGGCUGGAGAACUCGGUGCAUUUCGCCGGCUUUGACGAUGUCAGGCAUAACGUCGUGGCCCUCUCCAAGAUCUUCUCGCUGCACGAUCCUCGCGUCCGGGCCGUGAACGUCAAGGGUGACUUGGUCGUCGAUGCCAAUCCGUCGGGCCGCAUCAAGACGCGCUCCCAGGCCAAGCUCAACCCCGAUCGCUGGACGUCGGUGCCUGCCGACCUGAAAAUCCUCAAGGUUUUGGUCGAUGAGCUUGCGUCUGCUGCCACUUCGCAAUUCCCAGACUUCGCCGCGGCACAGGCGGCCGCGGAGGCGCUGGAAGAAGCGGAAGCCGAUGCCGACGACGCUGAUGAGUGGGAAGACGUGGGCACUGCCGGGGCGAUCGACCUUGCCAGUGCGGCGGUCCGGGGUGAUCUGAUGUCGCUGAUUGGUGGUGGGCCAGGGGGGUUCGGCGAUGAUGGAGAGGCAGCGAGUGCCACGGGCUCCCGGGCCAGGGAUGAAGAGACGGCCGAAUAUCUGUUACAGUGGUUCAAGGGCGAGGCUGAGAAAGAAGGGUUUGUCAGUCUGUUUGAGCAAUUGAACGACGAAGAGAAGGCGAAAUUGCACCAGCUGGUUGCAUGA